AUAUUCUAAAUUAGUCUUUUACUGCCCGGCGAUGGAUUUGGACGAGAUUUUACCAGACGUAGGUGAAUUUGGCCGUUACCAAAAGCUAGUCCUUUGGUUCGUCCUACUGCCCGGCGUCUUCCCUUGCGGUUUCCACGCUUACAACCAGCUAUUCAUGUCCGCAACUCCAGAUCAUUGGUGUUCCGUCCCAGAAUUGAAUCACCUAGAUCCGGAUGUGGCCAAAAACAUAAGCAUACCUCUAGAAACCAAAGACGGUUCUCUGAAAUAUAGUCAAUGCUUCAUGUACGAGAGGAACUAUAACGAAGUGUUGCAACUCGACAACUUGAGCUACUUCAGCGCAGAAGAUAAUAUAAUUCCUUGUAAAAGCGGCUGGUCUUUCGACCAUUCCCUGUACAAAAGCACAGUCGUUACCCAAUGGAAAUUGGUCUGUGAUAAAGAUCUCUCCGCGACUCUGGCUUUGGUUCUUCUCGGAGCUGGUGGACUCGUCGGCAAUUACAUUUUCGGUUACGUGCAAGAUGGACUAGGAAGAAAGCCUGCUUUCUUCAUAUACUUAUUCGUACAAUGCACCUUCGGUAUCGCAACAGCUUUCGCGCAAAACUUCUUCAUGUGGACUGUUUUUCGCGUAGGAGUCGGAUUCACAGUACCAGCAAUAUUAGGCACUCCAUAUGUCCUGGCAAUCGAAUUGGUGGGUCCUAAUCAUCGCACUCUGGUCACCAUCCUCAUAAACAUAGCCUACUCUCUAUCACUAGUUUUCUUAGCCAUCAUAGUAUGGUUGAUAAGAGACUGGAGAAUACUAGCCUUAACAACGACAAUUCCAUUCGUCUUGCUUUUUUUCAACUGGUGGCUUCUACCGGAGAGUCCGAGAUGGUUGUUGGCUCAAGGAAAAUUCUUCGAAGCAGAGAAAAUCCUCAACAAAAUGGCCAAAACAAAUGGAAAAUUACUACCAGCUAAUUACAUGGCCGAUUUAAAAGUGAAAAUCGACCAAGAGAAACUGGAAACAGACAAUACAAGAAAGUAUGGAAUAAGCGAUUUGUUCCGAACUAAAAAUCUCAGAUGGAAAACUAUUAUCAUUACAUUUAUUUGGUUCACAAAUACAAGUGUUUACGUUGGAUUAUCAUAUUACGCUCCAUCGUUAGGUGGAGAUGAAUUUUUAAACUUUUUCUUAGCCGGAGCUGUAGAAUUACCAACCUAUUUAUUUCUUUGGCCUUCCUUGGAACGUUGGGGUAGAAGAUGGGCUCUAUGCGUUAGUAUGAUUAUUGGUGGAUCCGCCUGUCUGGCUACGUUUUUGGUACAAACAGAUACGGUUUUGACAAUAGCUUUGUAUUGCAUUGGUAAAAUGGGGAUCUCAUCAUCAUUCGUGGUCCUACCUCUGAUGGCUUCGGAAUUAUAUCCAACGGUCGUGCGAGGCCUUGGAAUGAGUAUCAGUUCGGUUGUGGGAAUGAUAGGCCCAAUAAUUAUACCCUUAGUGAAUUACUUAGGUUCCGAUAUGCUUACUCUACCUUUAAUUAUAAUGGGAUCGAUGCUGGUGAUGGGUGGUAUAUGCUCUUUGCUUCUACCUGAGACGCUGGACCAACAUUUACCACAAACCCUUGAAGACGCCGAGAAGUAUGGAUUAACUUAUUUCGAAUGCUGCACGCCUCCGCAACGCCCCAACUUUCAAGCAUUUGAUGCUGUUUCCUUUCAAGCGGUGAAUCCCGAAGGACAUUAUUUAUAUGGCGGCAUAGAAAGACGUCAUCUCGCUAAAAUCAAUGGAUUUUUCUAUCUUGUCACUCCAGAAUUCGGCUUGCUUCGAAGCCCUCAUAUACCAAAAACCAACUUGGAUGCAGAUACCGAUAUGCUGCAUGACAUGAAAUCGUAUAACGGUGGUGGAAUUCGUUUCAGUCCUAUUAAACCUAUGAAAUUAUGGAGACUUUCUUAUAAUGGAAAGAUGUUAGAUCAAAAUGAAAAUAGUGUGGAUGUCGUUGUGGAGGCAGAUUGGAAUUCGAAUCUUCCUUGUUUCAUGUUCGAUAGUGAUAUGAGCAGAGUGGCGAUAGCAAGAGCUGCAGCUGCAGAAACGUGGACGGAAGAUUUUUUUAAGAAUAUAAAAAAAGCGCAUCAAUCGCAUUACGAACAGAUGGGAUACUUAAAAGGAUUUUUCUCAAUCAACGGAAAGAAGUAUGAGAUAAAAAUGGACGCAUCUAGAAAUCAUAGUUUUGGGCAUAAACGAGAUUGGCUUCUGAUGCACAGAUACAUUUUUCACUUUAUAUACCUGGAGGAUAAUACUAGAAUCUGUGUCGGCGUUUUAAGUCACCCCUGUACCACUUCUCACAUGGAGGUGGGUUAUGUGAUCUCGCCUAAAAAGGCAAUUAAUCCAAUAGAAAAAUGCGAUUUACGUUUGUACCAACAUGGAGAAAAUGGAACACCUGGUAAAAACAUAGCGUUCAGAAUUUGGACUAGAAAAAAGGAAUACUUGAUCAAAGCAAAAACUAUAUACGAAAACAAUCAUUUCAUUGGAAACGAUUGCGAGGCUAGAAUUGUGUUCAAAUGUGUCGACUUCGAGGUAAACGGGAUGAAAGUGAAGAUGCCUCCGAAAAAACGUGAUAAAGAGUCGGAUCAUUCAAAAAAUCCAAGGAUGGAUCACAUUCAAGCUGACCAUGAGUUAUUUCUGCAAGCAUUUGAAAAGCCCACACAAAUCUACAGAUAUUUGAGGACAAGAAAUAUGUGUUCGCCAAUAUUUCUGAACAGAACAUUGGCUUACAUGAAGUAUCGGAUGUCAAGAACUCACAAAUGUAGACAAGGAUUUAAAGUUGACUCAAUAUUAGAAAAAGUGACUUCAAAGAGUAAAGACUUCCCUACAAUACUGCCAGGUUAUAUGAAUCUAACCUUCCUUGGAUUUUAUGACAAGAACAUUGAUCCGAAUGUGGGCUCCGUACAAAUAGAGACAGUAUUAGUCAAGAUAAGUCAUAAGAAGAGAAAAGACAGCUCAUCUCCUUUAAUGGAGGCAUCAUUUGGAGUAUCUGAAGUACAAGUAAACCCCUCUGACAAUAAUCUCUCUAUAAUGGCACCGUCAGUGAGUGUUCCAACAGAGGCUUUUAGUUUAUCUGGAGGACCUUUGGCUAAAUCAUAUGUGUUGCUUCUAAGAGUCAAGCACAUUAUUACAAACGUCAUUUUAUGCAUGGAAAAUAAUGAUGAACCAGCUAGUAAAAAACGUAAAUCAAUUAGUAGCACUGAUUCAAGUAAAAUUUAUGCAUCAGAGUUAGUAGUUUAUGAUAAACAUAAUAGAUGCUUGUUAACAGAUGCCGAUUAUGAGUUAACAUUGCAAGAAGUAAAUGGCAAUACUAAAAAUUCUCCCAAGAAGCAUUCCACUUGGGAAAGCAAAGAUGAUCUUACAGACUGCUGUGGUAAUUUGGAUGCAUUUAUAAAAGGGCCAAGUGUAAAAUUCAAAUUGAAUUGGUCUCAGAAGCCAUCGGAAAAAUUUGUAGAACGACCUGCUCCAUACCCAACAAAUGAAACUAAUGAAAACUCUGUGCUUCCGAGUGGUAAUCAAGAAAAAUUACAGAUUGUUUAUCAAUUUGUUUACAAUAACAAUUCUCGCCAGCAGACUGAGGCCUGUGAAGAUCUACACUGCCCCUGGUGCAGCUUGAAGAGUAACGAAUUAUACACGUUGCUCAAACAUUUGAAGUUGUGCCACUCAAGAUUCACCUUCACGUAUGUGCCUAUAUCGGUUGGUGCGAGAAUUGAUGUAGCAAUUAAUGAAUUAUACGAUGGAUCUUAUACUGGUUCACCGCAUGAUCUAAUAACACAACCUUCGGUAUGUGCAUUUUCUAGGAAUGGACCAGUCAGAAGGGCUAGCGUCACACAUAUCUUAGUUUGCCAUCCAAAGAGACUGAAACCUAGUCUUUCAGAAUUUUUAGAAUUAGACGACUGUGAGUACGAUGGACAAAGACCGUUUAUUACAGGACAUAAUAGGUUGUACCACCAUACAGCAACAUGUCUGCCGAUUUAUCCCAAAGAAAUGGACAUGGACUCAGAGGGUGAAAACGAUCCAGAGUGGUUGCGCAGUAAAACCAUGCAGAUGAUUGAUGAAUUCACCGAUGUGAAUGAAGGUGAAAAAGAAUUGAUGAAAAUGUGGAAUCUGCAUGUUAUGAAAUGUGGAUUUGUAGGAGACUGUCAGAUUCCCUUGGCAUGCACUAUGUUCGUUGAACACAAAGGCAAAGAGUUGCUUUUGAAGAAUCUCUAUAGGAAUUUCGUGGUGCAUAUGAGCAGUCUAUUUGACUUUGGAUUGGUAAGCGCAGUCUGUCUUUACACGACACUCAAAAAAUUGCAAGAAAUGGUUGGUGAAACUGGAGCAAUUCGCACAGUCCUGAGGGAGUCGCGUGAAGCACAAAUGGAUAAUUGGCAUAAAUGCGGAAUCAUGAGCCCUACUGUAGACAAACCCUGUUCUAGUAAAACGCCCACGAGUAGAAAAAACAUUGGAAUCCAAAGGAGGAAAGGCACACCUACCCCCGGAGACGCACCCAUUCGAAGAAAAUCUUUGGGAAAUGAAACAACCAGAAAACGGUUAUCUUUGUCUCUAAAGAAAACUGAGAAUAGUAAUUGAUAUUGUUAAAGUGCCUUGUUUUUAUUUAUUUUAUAUAUUUUAUCAUAUUUUGUAAAAAUUCGUAUGUCUUUUUGCUAAAAUAUUAUGAACGGCGACUUUAGCCAAAAACGAUUUGCGAAUUUAUCAUAUAUAUUUAGUUAUGAUAUUGAAUUCAGUUCGAUUUUCUUUUAAUAUCACUAACUCAGGUUGAAUUUUGCACACCCGCGAGGAACAUAAUAAUGAAAUAAGAUGAGUCUAGUCAGAGUUCAAAGAUCAAACUUGACUCUUAUUUUCAAUUGAAAUUUUUUUUUACAAAACUGCCUUAAUAUACAUAAAUAUAUCUUAUGACACUAGGAUAUUUGAUAUAAUCAGUACGUUUGAUACGUUAUAAUCGAAUUUAUGAUUUUAAUUUGCACUUUUUU